GUGACGUCAGGGCGAGGGGCGAGGUGGUGACCCCGAGCGGCCGCUGCAGACGGCGGGCGUCGCCCCAGCAACGGGCCGGCCUCACCAUGUCGUUCGUCGCCGGGCAGCCGGUCACCGCCAUCGUGCAACGUAUUGAAAUCCGUAAAUUGCGCCACGGUGAUAACCUAAUCCUGGGAUUCAGUAUUGGAGGUGGAAUUGACCAGGAUCCUGCACAAAACCCCUACUCAGAGGAUAAAACAGACAAGGGUAUAUAUGUGACUAGAGUCUCCGAAGGUGGACCGGCUGAAGUUGCAGGACUACAGAUUGGAGACAAGAUAAUGCAGGUGAAUGGUUGGGAUAUGACGAUGGUAACACACGACCAGGCCAGGAAACGUCUCACAAAGAAGAAUGAAGACAUAGUUCGGCUUCUGGUAACCCGUAAAUCUCUACAGCAGGCCUUGCAUCACUCGCUGCAGUAGUAGAGUUCUCACUGCAGUCGGUGGCCUACUUGAACUUAACAAUUUAUCGAGAAGUUAUCCUGUACCUGAAAGCUGUUUAAUUUUGCUUCUUACCGUGCUCUGUCAGUACUCAAUGCUGGUGGACCAUUGUUUGAGUUACUGUAACAACUAAAAUAACUACAAACAGAUCUCACUGAGAAUUGCAUGAAACCUCCCUCUAUUGUACUUAACUGACAAACUGCACUAAACUGAUUCAGUAACGUUACCAUUGGGACCAAAGUGAAAGGAUUCAGAAUCUCAAGCUUGUUAACAGCAUUAAAAGACGAACACUAGAUUUACUCCUCUCUGACAUUCUCUGAUCACUAUUUGAGAACAGAUUUUAACCAGCUUUAAAACCACCAUCCAAACACGAGUUUGCUGACCAAAACCAUUCUAGGAGCAUUGGGAGGGCCGAACUGCCCUGGUGCUGUCAGGAAAUGUGGCACUGAAAUAGGAAGCCUUUUUAAAUGGUAGAACUGAUCAGAAAUGGUUGAUUUUAUUGACACUGAACCGCCCAAAGGACAGUUGAGUUUAAGGUACCAGUUCUGUCCAGUUUGUGCGAUGCCACUACAUGGCUUUAUUUGGUGUGUACCAGUGAGUAACAGUGAAUGAUGCCAAGUGCUGAGAGUUCUGUGGCUGGUUGGGGCUAUGGAUCAUGGCAAAGACGAUGCUUUGGUAAUGUGCUUUAUUUGAAACAAUAAUUUGAUCCAAAACAAUCUACAUCCAUAAAUUCUGAACCUCUGCAGGUUCCUUCAAGUUCUUGAGAUCUGUCAGAGCACUGUUCACAAUGAACUUUUUAUAGAUUUUUACUGAAUAUUCAUUUCUGGUAUUUUAAACUCAACCCUGUGCCUUCACACAAUCGACAGCUUCUGAUUGACACAACGUGUAUCCUCAGUACCCAGGCCACAUCAGUAUUCAGUGCACUUUUGUAUGCAGACACAACCUGCCAACGAUUCAGGGCCUCCUUUAGUGCCUUCACAUUCAUUCCUUGAGUAUCACUCACAAUAAACCAAAGUGUCUGCAGUGACCGAACAUUUCACUGCAGUGACUGCUGCAUGUUGCCUUCCCUUUUCUGAGGUUGUUGGGAAAGCCUUUCGUUCAAUCAAUUUGUAUACGUAUAAACAAAAAUUGUAGAACUUUACAUUUGAAACUGGGUAAAGAACUGCCAGACUUAGUUGCACGAUCCUGGUUGCAGGUGUCGGUUCAUCGUUGGUAAAUUGUUUAUUAUUGGCACGUGUACUGAGGUACAGUGAAAAUACCUUGGGUCCAGCUGUAGCACUGGAUGGUUGAAUGGUGUUUGCAUGUUGGUCUUUAAGAAGCUUGGAGCUCCUGGAUUAUAACAUCCAGCUGUACCAAUGAAUUGUGCACACCACCGCACCCUCCCCUCGGAGGGCUAAUACACGUUUGGUACAAUACGGCCUGACUGGAUUGUACACGGACCCUGCAGGCUGAGGUGGGCUCCUUCCGCCAUCAACCUGCAUGUCAGGAGCAUUGGGACCUCUUGCAUUCUGUAACAGGCAAGUGCUGCCUUUGCAUAAUUUGACUUAAAUCCUGUGCAUCACUCAAGUGUUGUAUUUCUAUGUAAACAACUUUAAUCACUGGGUCUGUCUGCUGGUGGAUGAUUUGAAAGAAAUGGAAUUGCUCAUUGCACAAUUACUGUCAUUAAAUUGCUUUCAAUAAAAACA